AUGAGGUUAUUCAGCCCUGCGCGAGCGCUAGCGGCGCUCUCUCUGUUGUCAACGGAUGUCGUGCGACCCUUCACCCAGGCCAUUGUCCUCGAUCCCAAUUCCGAGGCUUCCAUCAAGGAUGUUUCUAGUCAGGUCGCCAAACAGCUCGUUGCGCAGUAUGCGACUAUCGACGACAAAGGCAUACACGUACUGGGAGGUUACCCCGGUAUCCUCUACCCACCCUACUACUGGUGGCAGGCGGGUGCUAUGUUCGGCACGCUGCUCGACUACUGGCACUACACCGGCGACGACCAGUACAACGAGAUGGUUCGCGAGGGGUUGAUACACCAGUUCGGAGAGCAUCUCGACCUGAUGCCUUCGAACCAGUCCAAGAACGAAGGCAAUGACGACCAAGUCUUCUGGGCCUUCUCCAUGAUCGCCGCCGCCGAGUACAAGCUCAAGGACCCUCCCUCCGACCAGCCCGGUUGGCUCGCCAUGACACAGUCUGUCUUCAAUCAGUUCGUAGGCCGCUACCAGAAGGAGGUUUCGGAUGGCACUUGCGGCGGUGGCAUGCGCUGGCAGAUCUAUCCGUGGCUUAAUGGGUGGACGUAUAAAAACACUGCUUCCAACGGAGGACUUUUCCAUCUCGGCGCUCGAUUGGCAAUGUACACAAAGAACGAUACGUAUGCGAGGUGGGCGGAGAAGGCGUUCGAUUGGAUGGCGCAGAGUCCUAUAUUGCCUGGAGAUGGGCAGGUGUACGAUGGAACGAGCAUUACGACGAAUCCUCCAUGCCACGACGCUGACCAAACGCCUUGGACCUACAACUACGGUAUCAUGAUUGCUGGAGCCGCAUAUAUGUACAACUACACCAACGGCGCCGAAAAAUGGCGCACAGAACUCACCAAAUUCAUCAACAAAGUCGCCAUCUUCUUCCCUGAAGAAAAAGGCGGUGUCAUGGUCGAAGUUUGCGAAGCGAACCAAGUCUGCGACGCAGAUCAAGAAUCCUUCAAAGCCUACCUCGCCCGCUGGCUCGGCAUCACCAUGCAAAUGGCCCCUGAAUUCACGCCCCAGAUCCUGCCCAAGUUGCAGAAAUCCGCCGUUGCCGCUGCCCAAACGUGUGAGGGACCGUCCCAACACAACGGCGGACCCCAUCAGUGCGGUAUGAAAUGGUAUGCCACCGGUUUCGAUGGCAUUGGUGGCGUGGGCCCGCAAAUGACGGCGCUCAAUGUCAUCUCAGUGCUGAAUGCCCAGCGGGUGCCGCCGCCGUAUAGUAGUGAUACGGGCGGUACUAGUGAGGGCAAUCCUGGCCUGGGUAGUGGCAACGAUGAUGAUCGUCUGCCCAAGUUCCAGAGCGAAAUCACUACGGCGGAUAAGGCUGGGGCGGCGAUAUUGACGAUUUUGAUGUUUGUCUUGUUUGCGGGAGGUGCUGUGUGGAUUUUGAUGUAA